UCUCCGCGGAGUGGAAGCGGACGCGCGGAGCGGUAGGAUCAGACUGAGGCAGACAGGUCGGGCCUGUAGUGUGGAGCUCCGAGGCGUUUUGGGCGGAUAAGGUGGAGUCCCACCGGGAGACCGGAAUGUACACCGUAGACAAGUACUGACGAGCCGGUGAACACCAGUGGAAGUAUCACGGGAGGGAUAUACGGCGAUAUAUAGCGAUUCAAGCUAGGGAGACAAAGUAGUCAAGAAAAAGUAUCCGGCAAGUUGUUGCCCACUGGAGGGUUUGUCCCUUUACCUUAUCCCUUGUACCCUAGCCCCUAUACCCUAACUCCUGUACCCUAGCCCCUAUACCCUAACCCCUGUACCCUAACUCCUGUACCCUAGCCCCUAACCCCUUUACCCUAGCCUCUAACCCCUUCACCCUAGCCUCUAACCCCUGUACCCUAGCCCCUAACCCCUGUACCCUAACCCCUGUACCCUAGCCUCUAACCCCUUUACCCUAGCCUCUUUACCCUAGCCUCUUUAUCCUAGCCCCUUUACCCUAACUCCUGUACCCUAGCCUCUAACCCCUUUACCCUAGCCUCUAACCCCUGUACCCUAGCCCCUAACCCCUGUACCCUAACCCCUGUACCCUAGCCUCUAACCCCUUUACCCUAGCCUCUAACCCCUGUACCCUGGCCCCUAACCCCUGUACCCUAACCCCUGUACCCUAGCCUCUAACCCCUUUACAUUAGCCCCUUUACCCGACCCCAUCAUGGCCCACCGAUCCCAGAGUUCGGACUUCGGGGACAACCCCCUGGACCCUAACUUCCUGCCCCCCCACUACAGAGAAGAAUACCGUCUCGCCAUUGAUGCUCUGGUGGAGACAGACCUACAGGGUUACUAUGAGUUCCUUCAGACAGCAGACGUGGUGGACUUCCUUUGUCAACCGGAGAUGGAACACAUCAAGACCACCGUCCAGACACCCAGCCAGGCCUCCAACGUACCAGAGCUGUCUUAUCAUGAGGCAGACGCAGACGGCUCGUCUGACACCUACUGGCCAUUGCACUCUGACACGGCGGCCCCGGGGUUGGACCUGGGCUGGCCCCUCCAGGCACACAGCUUCAUCGGCCCCACAGAGGUCACGACCCUUGUCAACCCCAGCGACCCCGACAUGCCCAGCAUCAAGGAGCAGGCCAGGAGGCUCAUCAAGAACGCACAACAUGUGAUUGCCGUGGUGAUGGACAUGUUUACAGAUGUGGAUCUGUUUGCUGAUUUGCUGGAUGCCACGGCGCGUCACGUCCCCGUCUACAUCCUAUUGGACGAACAGAACGCCCAUCACUUCGUCUCCAUGGUGACUAACUGCAAGAUCAACCUAGACCUUGUCCAUAUGAUGCGUGUGCGGACUGUGGCGGGGAUGACAUAUUUCUGUCGGACAGGGAAGUCAUUUAAAGGACAGGUGAAAGACCGCUUCCUAUUGGCUGACUGCAGGGCCGUGCUCAGCGGAAACUACAGUUUCAUGUGGUCCUAUGAGAAGCUGCAUCGCUGCAUCGCUCAUCUCUUCCUGGGAGAACUAGUCACCACCUUUGACGAGGAGUUCCGCAUCCUGUUCGCCCAAUCACAGCCUCUCACCGUAGACCACGCCCUAGUGCCCGUCUCCUCUGACAGCAGCAGCAGCAGUUACUACGGCAACCAGUUCGGCAUGAAGGGGCCCCUUCGACACCCUCGGGGUUUUCAACGACACACACCGGAACUUACGGGCUACCCCUUUGGAGGAGGAGGAGGAGAAACUGAGCGUUCUGCAUUCCGUAGGGAUGACCUGUUCCGACAUGCCAUAGAAUCCGGAGGAGGACUGAAUCUUGGGACGUUUGCAGCGUCUCAGCAGUUCAGGAUGCAGCAGUCCUUCCUGGAGCAGGGCCGCUCCAUGGUCUCCAGGCAGAUGGAGAUAAGUGCCAGUGACUAUAAGGGCCAAAGCAACGCAGAGGGAACCCAGGAGAGCUACUCCUCGUCCAGACAAUACAUGAAGCACAGAGUCAUCAACAACCAGGAAGAGACAGAGCAGCACUACCACAGGGAGCAGAGCCAGUCCAGCCACUACUACCAGGGUGGUGAGGGACCUGGGUUAAUGCCGGGGCUGGGCUCAGGGCUGGGCUCAGGGCUGGGCUCAGGGCUAGGCUCAGGGCUGGGAGGACAUGGGUCAGGCCAUGGACACUACAACAGGCUGAGGAACAGACCAGCGCUGGACCAGUACUCUGACUCAGGCUACCCUCAUGAGGAACCUCCUGGUCCAGAGGACUACGGCAGAGACUACCUCUCCUCUCAGGACCUGAAACACAACCCGGGACCACCACCGGCAGGCGGGAGGUACGGAGGUGGCAGCGACCACAAGAGGCCGACGGUGGGCCAGCCCUACGUCUGCCAGUCCUCCCCCACCCAUCCCAACCCCCCAGAGAAGCAGCUGUUCCCAGUCCCAGCAGUGGCAGACCAGGACCCCAAAGCCAGACAGGGCCUCCGCAGCUGGAGGAUCAACUCUUACCUCAGCACCUACGAAGACACAGGAGAGGAGGGGCUGCCACAACCUCUGGGCCCUGAUGCUUUCCAAGACCCAGAGGCUGAGGGGAACCCAUACGCCAGUGAGGGGUCUGUAUCCCGCUUUGAAGCGAGAGAGCCUCCGAAUGUCCCCUCCAAGCCUAGACCGGAUAUCCGACCGCCACGGUACGGCAAGCCCUUCGUGCCCGAGAGCACGAGAAAGGACGGGGCCGAUAGCAGGAACAUAGAACGGGAGAGAGCGAGAGAGAAAGACCGAGAGAGGGAGGUGGGGGGGAGGGAGGUUGGGGUGGAUGUGGAAAUGACAUCGUCGAGGGAGGCUUCGGGAGAGGUUGUGCUCUCCAAACACGAGUCGUUCCGGACACGGAUCAACCCGAUGCUCCAGAGAAGCUCCCGGCUGCGCUCCUCCCUCAUCUUCUCCUCCUCCAAGACGGAGACCCACCUGGGAGGCCUGGGCAUGAAGGUGGCCAAUGAGGAGGAUGAAGAAUCCAACAUGCUACGCACCACCUCCAUCGUCCAACAGAUCCUGGAGAAGAGAUUUUCCCGGGAACCAUUCGAGUGGCGGAAGAAGGCAGAGGAGAACGAGAGAGAGAAGAAGAAGAAAGACGAAGAGAAAGAGGUUGUGUUGAAAGAGGAGGCUAUGCCCCCCAUGGUUGCCCCAGCAUCGAUAGAGCCCCCCCAGCCGUUGAACAUGAAUGACCCUGCCAAUAGACUGCAGUACUUCAAGGAGCUGGCUGCUAAGAGAAACGCAUCCAAAGAGGCCGCGAUGAAAGGACCACUUCAGAAGACACCAGACCUCUCAAACACUACUUCUUCCACCACCUCCUCCUCCAUCACCACCUCUUCCCCCUCCUCCUCCUCUACCACCACCUCUUCCCCCACCACCUCCUCCUCCUCUACCACCACCUCCUCCUCCACCACCACUUCGUCCAACACCACUUCGUCAACCACCACCACUUCCUCCACCCCCAACCCUUCCCCAACCACCAUCUCAGCCCCCAAAGUCCCCUCUUUCUCUGUGAUUGCUCCAGAGCCUGCCCCGAUGAAACCACAAGUCCCAGCCACACUAGAGCGAACACGCAAACUGUCCAUCACCUCAAGAUUCAAAACCUUUGAGCCUUCUUCUACCACAGUCCAGAGGAAAGACAGCAGCUCGGAGUCACAGAGGAAAGACAGCAGCUCAGAGUCACAGAGGAAAGACAGCAGCUCGGAGUCACAGAGGAAAGACAGCAGCUCGGAGUCACAGAGGAAAGACAGCAGCUCGGAGUCACAGAGGAAAGACAGUAGCUCGGAGUCACAGAGGAAAGACAAGGAGCCCAGUAAGAUUCUGAAGCCUUUCUCUUCUCUGAAGCCGUUCAAGAGCUCCAACCCUCGCCGCGUCUCCUGCGAUGAGGAAACACUAACAACAGAUGCCACGGACGCGGAAAAGAGCGAGCUGAAGAAAUCUCGCUCCCAAAGCUUGUCCAGUAUGUCUCGCGCUGAGUCCAAGGAGGGAAAGAACCUGGGCUCCAGCACCUCCCUCAACACCCUGGGAGGGGAGGGCAAGGUCGACACCAAGCCCCUGGACUUCCUGAAGAAGCAGACCCAGAAACUCAAAGGCUUCCUGGGACCCAAGGACAAGAAGAGCUCCGGGGGUGUGACAUCGGCGUCCAGCGGAGACAACAAGACGAUGAGAACUGUGGUGGAGAGCUCCGAGGAGCCUGGGGCCGCGGCUUCACGCCUAGGCUCCUCUUCUACUGCCGACGCUAAAGCCACAGACUACGUCACUUCCUCAGACAAUCACAAAAUGACAGGUCCGUCUCGAUACCAGACCUCCAGCGGCUCGGUUCUGUUCAGUAGCAACCUGAGAGAUGACACCAAGGUCAUCCUGGAACAGAUUUCUGCCAACAGCCAGAAAAACCGUCUGGAGAGAGGAGGAGGAGGAGGAGGAGGCGGAGGAGAGGAGGCCGGAGGGGAGAAGGGGGUAGACAUGGCAGGAGAGAAAGGAGGGUUGGAGAGGAAUCCGUUGCUUGGGAGGAACCGCUUCCUAAGGCCCCAGGGCAACCCUCAGGAGAGAGACAGCCUGCUGAAGAGGAUGGAGAGCAUGAGGAAGGAGAAGAAGGUCUACAGCCGUUUUGAGAUGGGGAAUAACCUGGGAUAACUAAAGAUGGCCGAGGAAGCUAUUGACUGGAAGCUUAGUGUGCGAGGAGGAGGAGGAGGGCUCACAAACACACACACCAUUCCCAGUUCACCAACAUAUGUGGCAAACGCAUCAUCAGAACCUCCGAGAGAGAGAGAGAGAGAGAGAGAGAGAGAGAGAGAGAGAGAGAGAGAGAGAGAGAGAGAGAGAGAGAGAGAGAGAGAGAAAGAGAGA